AUGGCCGGUUUUAAUAACGAAUCGAUUAACGAAAGUUAUGCAUAUAGUAAUCAGGUGCAUAGUAUGGACUCGAACUAUAGUGUGGAUUCCAAUAGCAUCUAUUCCUAUCCACUCUGUCAAGCGUCUUCGCACCUUCCCAGUCAAGUUAUUCUUCCUUCUGAUACCGAUUCAAACAAUAAUAACGUCUACACGGGUGUAAAUACACAGUUGAAUACCGCGCAUUACGGAUACGUCGAUGAGAAUCGAGUCAACUAUUCAAUGAUGAAUAAUUUGAAUGAUUGCAAUCCAUCCUCCGUCUCUUAUCCUAUCCUCCAAACAUUAGUUCAAACACCUUCUACAUCUUCAGUUUUUCCGACCAACUAUGGCUUGAACAACAACCGUGAACCCUCGAUUCGUCAUUCUCUCUCCCAAACAAUGGGUUAA